AUGGCUGACCAAAGCCUCGAAAUGGAGUUGCAGGACCUGUGCAGGCUCCCUCCGCGCGAACUCGAUCAACAGCCGAUCACCAAAAUCGUCCACCUUGGCGAUGCUGAUGCUGUCGCCGACCUUACACCCACCGAUGAAGAAAAGAAGCCCAAAGACACGGCGUCGGUCCCCUUCGGACAGAGCGUGAACCGUCCCCAUGGUGAACAGCUCGAAGCACCAAUCCACUCGCCAUCGCCCGAUUCCAGCACUCUGGUCACGCAUCCGCAAGAUCGCACCGAACCCGCCGCCAUGUCACAUCCCAAGAACUGCAGGAACGAUACAACAUGCAGGACUUACAGCCUCUUCAGCGCUGUGGGAAAUGUCAGAACUGGUACACUGAAAGUCACAAUUCGCCGAUUGCCUGCACGCACCAUCCAGGAACCGUCUUCUUCCGAGACGCCGAGCACCUAG